UGCGCACCAGGCGGCCGCUUCGCUCGCUCUUCGGCCCGCCAUGGCAGCCGCCACGCUGGGCGCCUCGGAAGGCGGCUACAUCCGCACCGUGCUGGGCCAGCAGAUCCUGGGCGAGCUGGACAGCUCCAGCCUGGCUUUGCCCUCCACGCUGACGGGCGGGCGGGCGGAGGCGCUGAAGUCGCUCCGCAUCCAGCGACAGGUCCAGCAGACCCUCGCCCGCAAGAGCAGGAGCUCAGUGGCCAACGGGAGCCUGCACCGUACCGCUAGUGUUCCAGAAUAUGUGUACAAUCUAGAUACAGUUGAAACGGACUUUGUUUCGCGACCUGCUGUGAGAACUUCAUAUUAUCAGUCUCAUCAGAAAAGCUCCCCAGUUACUUACGAGAAUGGCUGGGGUCCUCGAAGCAUGCAGUAUAGUUCAUACAAGUCCAUAGAAGAGAGGUCUCAGAGACAGCCCCUGAAGAGAUUAGAGGUUUCUCCUGAUGUUCCCAACAAAUUGGCUUAUCUGCAGGAUGGCCUUCAAUACCACAGAGUUCUAAGUCUAAGGCCUGGAGAAAGCAGACGACCUGGUAUUGUACCACCAAGAUAUGCUCGCUCUGAGGCUGGUGGUUAUGGUAGCUACAGCCUUUUAAAUAGAGGAAAUGCCAUGCAAAGGCAUUUCUAUAUGGGGCCUGUCAAUGACACGGUGGUUGACAGCGUCCCUACCAGCCCAGGAGCGCCAGGGUAUCAACAGAUCAGGAGCAGUCGAAGCAUGACCAACCUUUUGGAUAGAGAGAAUUACCAGAAUUCUGAUGCUGCUGUGGGACAAGUCAGGUCACCCUUGGCUUCCCAAAUGGGAUCUCAAUACAGACAGUCAAUGAGGUCAAGCUGGCAUCAGAGUACUUUUCAGACACAAAAUACAAGGGAGGCCUCUCAACCAGCUUCCGUCACCACCAGUGCUACUGCUGAGACAGGAGGGAAGAGGAUGGCAAUAACAGCAGCUAUGGCAGCUGCAGGAGGAAGUGGUCUCCUAGAGCAAGAAAGAGUAGCCACCAGCAGGUCUCAACUAGGGAGUCCAGAAGAGGAGAUGACUCUGGAGAGGGCUGUACAUAUACUGAAAACUGAACAGGCCUCGUCCCCUCGAGUCCUCGCAGCUAUCAUUUUUAUACAGCACGAGAGCUUCCAGAGAGCAGAGGCCAGGAGGAAAGUCUAUUUGCUGCAAGGUAUUCCCAAACUCCUUGAAGUUCUGAGUGUGCAAAAUGUGGAAGUUCAAAGGGCAGCCUGUGGUGCUUUGAGGAAUCUGGUAUAUGAAGACAAUGACAACAAAUUGGAAGUGUCAGAGCAGAAAGGGAUCUCAAUCCUACUGAGGUUAUUGCGGCAAACAGGAGAUGUGGAGACUAAAAAGCAAAUUACAGGUUUGUUAUGGAACCUGUCCUCCAAUGACCAGCUGAAGAACUUGUUGAUCCAAGAGGCCCUACAGCCUUUGACCGAAAUUGUUCUCAUCCCUCACUCAGGCUGGCCGGAAAGAGACUAUCCCAAAUCAAGCAUUGUGCCUGACCCUGACAUUUUCUACAAUGCCACAGGAUGCCUGAGAAACAUGAGCUCCGCUGGCCCUGAAGGAAGAAAAAAGAUGAGAGAAUGUAAUGGACUGAUUGACUCGUUGGUGUAUUACAUACAAGGAACAACUGCAGACCAUCAACCUGAUGACAAGGCCACAGAGAAUUGUGUGUGCAUUCUUCAUAACCUCUCCUACCAACUAGAGUCUGAGCUUCCAAGUAGCUAUACCCAGAAUAUUUAUACACAGAGAAGAAGAGACGUUUCCCCCAACAACGGUAGCAUUGGAUGUUUUGGAUCAAGGAGCAGAAAAGCAAAGCAGAACCAGCAAGACCUGCCAUUGCCAGAGGAAAAGAGCAAUCCCCACGGCAUUGAAAAACUCUGGCACUCCACACUGAUAAGGAUAUACUUGUCUUUAAUAGCAAAAAGCUCAAGGAACUUUACCUGGGAAGCAUCACUGGGAGCGCUCCAGAACCUCACCGCAGGCAAUGGACCAAUGCCGUUUGCGGUAGCUCAAAUCAUUGUCCAGAAGGCUAAUGGCCUCCCAAGUAUUCGGAACAUGCUUCACGUAAGCAAUCCAAGCGUCCGGAAAACAGCAGUCUCCCUGAUCAGGAAUUUGUCUCGUAAUGCCUCAUUACGGAAUGAGAUAGCCAGGGAAGUCUUGUCCGAUUUGGUCGCCAUACUUCCAGAUUUUGUCUCACAUUCUGACAUUGCCAAUGAAACCACAGCUUCCACGUGUUAUGCUUUAUACAACCUAACUCAGAGCAGCUCCCAGAAUGCUCGCCUUCUUCUGAACACUGAUGGCAUCUCAAAGGCUAUGAACAUCAGCACAAGUGAGAGCAAAGCUGGCAGAGCUGCUUCCAUCCUCUUAUACUCAUUAUGGUCUCAUGUUGAUCUCCACAAUGCCUACAAGAAGGCUGGUUUUAAAAAGACUGAUUUUGUCAAUAACCGGACAUUGAGAGCCUACAAUUCACUCAAAGACUGAAACAGAGACAACGAAAGCCAAGGAGACUGAUUGAUGAGACCAUUUGGAAACUUGGGCAACUAUCUCCUAUGUAUCUACUCACCAGCAAGAAUUCCAGAGCGCCUUCCAGAAGGGGAGCUGAUGAUGAGAAGAAAGUGUGUCCCCUCCAAUGUUAUCUGCCUUAUACGAUGGCUUCGUAGCCAGUUUCAACUCAGGACUCCUUUUGUAAAUCCUAGUUGCAACCUAGUCAACAUUUUUAGUACAAAACCUGAUUCUGAUACCAGUCGCCCAAGCCCAGAGAGUGAUGCCUAUCAAUAGAUUAGUUUUGAUAUGCUACUUUAUAACAAGCCAAUAACCAAAGACAAUUGGAUGAGGGAAUAUCUGAUGCGUCUUUUUUUGCUUGUGGGGGUGGGGGAGUUGCUACAUUUUUUACUAAUCAUUGCUUUAUACAAAACUGCUUCUGGUUUAGCAGGCAUCUAUGCAACUUAGGGUUGCCAGCUCCAGUUUUGGAAAUACCUGGAGAUUUGAGGGGAGAGCCUGGGAGAGAGUGGGGUCAAGGGAGGGAGGCGCCUCAGUAUGGUUUAAUGCCAUGCAGUCCACCUUCCAAAACAGCCAUUUUCUCCAGGAAAAGUGGAAUAAAUGUUUUGAUUGAUUGAUUGAUGAUUUAUGUGGUCUGGAGAUCAGCUGUAAUUCCAGGAGAUCUCCAGCCCCCACCCAGUCGUUGGUAACCCUAACAGCUUGUUGAAAGUGCAAGCUCAUAGACUGUUUUUGAAACAUGAAAAUAUAUUGGGUGUAAGUUUCUGUUGUACUGCUGCAACGGUUAUUGAAUUCAUGCAUGUGUGUUUACCAAAACUUUAUGGGGUUUUUUAAAAGAAUGUGGAAUUGAAAUAAGGUAUUGAAGGAGCUGUUUUUUAAAAAAAAAUGCAUAUAAAUUUGAGAUUGCCUUUCUGUAUUCCUUGUAGACAUCCAUACUUGACUUCUCCAGGUCAUGAUUCUUUCUAGCUUGAAGACACAACCGGUGCAAAACUGCUAUAUUAAAAUUUUUAACUUACCAUUA